AUGACUGAAGGAAAUAUGACGCUUAAAUACUGGCUCGACGACUUGUGCGUACGUUUUCUUAUGAACGGCCCAAAGGAAGACCUUGAAACUGCAGAGCGAAUAUGUUUUCGGGUCGAAGAAGCACAGUGGUACUAUGAAGACUUUAUUAGACCACUAGAUCCAACCCUACCUUCAAUGACAUUAAAAGGAUUCUGCGAAGAAAUAUUUGCGCACUGUCCUCUACUGUUACCUUUUUCUCAGGAUCAUCGUAUGAAAGCUUUCGACGCAUUUCUCAGCUAUAAAAAACGCAUUCCUGUCAGAGGUGCAAUAAUGCUAAACCAUGACAUGGAUAGAGUAGUCCUUGUAAAAGGCUGGAAAAAAAACGCAAACUGGAGUUUUCCUCGAGGAAAAAUCAACAAAGAUGAAGAUGAUCUUGACUGUGCCGUAAGGGAAGUUUACGAGGAGACUGGUUUUGAUAUUGAAGAAGCUGGGUUGAUACCUGAGAAUAGACAAGUGAAGUCUAUUGAUCUUAACAUGCACGAACAACAAAUACGCUUGUUUGUAUUUAGAGAUAUCCCACUGGAUACUCAUUUUGAGCCUCGGACAAGGAAAGAAAUAAGUGCCAUCGACUGGUGGCAAUUAUCAGAUCUACCCGCGUUUCGGAAGGGCAAGGCAUCUACCCACCAACAACCAGAGAUUAAAUCAACAAACUUCUACAUGGUUGCACCCUUCCUUACUCAUCUGCGAAAAUGGAUAAUUGAUCAGAAAAAACAAAGCUCUCGUCGUCGAACUUUUAAUUCUUCCCGAUCGUUAAAUGGAGUUACAGUCCAUGAUGAAACUUUGACCGAAGAAGAGCAAGGGACCGAGUCAAAUCCCGAUGCUAAUUAUUCAAAAAAUGGAAUUUCAGAAAACCAGAUGAAUACCAUUUAUUCUCAAGACAUCAGAGAUAGGGAGAGCCAUCACUUCCAUUCAUUUCAGUCUACACAACAGGAUAGUGAACAAUUUCAAAAGCAACCAUCAGACAGUAUUGGACCCGCUUUACUAGCAUUACUCCACAACAAACCAAAUAUUGAUCCACAAUCUGUCCAUCUCUUAUCAGAGACGAGACUUAAUCAAGAUCUUAUCCCGCCCAUAGUUCCCUCUCCUAAAAAUUUUGAAUCAAGUAGACCACUCGUAGCUGAUUUUACAACUAACAAAAAUGAAGCCGAAUACCAAAUUAACCACCUCCAAUCCCAUAUCAAGUCGCAGUAUGAGCGAAUGAUUGAGGCUCAAAAGCACAUUCAAGCCUAUCAAAAACAGAACAAUUUUUCUGGCUCACAUCCUUAUCAAUCCCAACAUCUGAUCCAUCCUCAACCUCUUCCACCUCACGUUCAAAGAGCUUUAUUUGCACAGAGCCCUCUUCAGUCGCCUUUAAUACCAAAAGCCGCUCCAAAUGUUGGCUCAGCGCUAGCCCAACACAACCAGUAUUUUCCAUCAAUAGCUUCGACGAUUCAAGAUCAAGAAAAAUGCGUCGCAAUUCCCAGUACCUCUUGGCUCGACUCACCUCUUCAUACUAAUCACGAUGACUUGAACUAUUCUCAACAAUUAAAUACUGAUACAGCUCGGCGACAUUUGGAAACCCAACCACAAGCAUCAGCAUCUGUAACCCAAGCUGCAUGGCCAGGUGUCGCGACCAAAGACAGCAAUAAUUACCGAAAGACAUGGAAUAAUCAGUCGAUAUCUCAGUACGAAAACACUUUAAGCUGGAAUAGCUAUCAAAAUGAACUUUUAACUCCACUACCAACUUUUGAAGAUAAGAAUCAACCAAGUCACGGGAAGCACUUCCAAAAUACGGAAGAAUCUUGCACGUUGAUGCAGAAUCCACUUAGUCACAAACAGCACCAGUUUAAUAGAAAACAUGAUAUUCAUAGACAAUCCGACCAACAAAUAUAUCCACAAACUCAUGUUCCUCGCUUAUCUCAUGAGCUUUCUGCAAGCUCAUGUCUAAUACCGCAAGCUCUCAAUCUGACGAGUAUAUCAUCGAAAAUGAACGGAAAUCAGAUACCCAGUCCAGAUAUUUACUCGCCCCGAUAUCCUCCAACUGAAAAUCAGAAAUCAGCCUUAUUAGGUCUAUUUAAAGGCUCUGACACUUAUAAUUUCCAAUCAUCUAUCCAAAACGAUAUUAAAACUCUACCUACUCCUCCAACAUUAUCUGCUGUCGAACUUUCUGCGGUAGAGCCUUUAUCAAGUAAAGCUGAGAAAAAAUCCGUUACCCAAAACUCAAAUCGAGACCGGAAGAAAAUAUCUUUAAAUGAAACGACUACUGAGAUCUCGCCAACCAGUCAAGCAGUCAAUAUACAACUUAGGCCGUCAGAAUUCGCCGAAAAAUCAAUGCUUCCGCUACAAAUUGCUCCUUCGAAGACCUCCUUCAAACUAGCCCAAACAGAGAAGUUCAGAGGAAAACAAGUUAAACCACCAGAUAAAAGUACUGCUCUAUUUCGGCCAAGAAUUUUGAAGCGUCAUCAGACCGAACCAGAUGCUUCUGGGAUAGAAUUUGAGUCCUCAACGUCAAAUUCAUCUUCCAAGGAACUGGGUGAAUAUGGACAUAAGCAAUCUCAAUCAACAGAUCAUAAACAAGACCUCCUUUCUUUAUUCGGGAAACAGGCUCCGGGCUUUCGCCAAAGCUCAGCUGAUAAUUUCCCUCCAUCUCCGAUACCAGAUUAUGAUGUCACUUACCAGUACCAAGAAAAAAGCCUAGAAUUAAAGCCUAAAAUUUUACAGAAGAAGACUCCGAAAAUUUCUUCUGCCGAUAAAGGUUUCUUGUUGAGUUACCUUGACGAUAUCGUUGCAAAAGGAACAAGUUUUUAA